CAAUUCUGCACGCUGGUGUGGUAUAUAAGACCGGCGCCAGGAAGGGGAUGGCAGACUAACUCACAAGUCCUCAACACUAAACACCAUGGGCAAGACUGUGCUCCUCGUGCUGUCGGUGCUGGUGCUGGUGGCCGCCGCCCUGGCAGACCCCAAGCCUGAGCCUGAGCCUGAGCCUGGGUACCUCAGCCGUGGGUAUGGCGGAUAUGGCGGAUUUGGUGGAUUCGGAGGCUUCGGAGGCUUUGGUGGCUACAGAGGCGGGUAUGGAGGCUAUGGCGGCUUCAGGGGCGGCUAUGGUGGUGGCUAUGGCGGCGGCUAUGGCGGCUACAGACGUGGUGGAUACGGUUAUUACGGCUAACUUCAGCGUCUCCCUACCAAGCAAAUGACUACGUCCUAGGUCAUGCAACAAGCAAUACUGACUGUUAAGAUUUGUUUUCGGUAAUAAACUCGUCCACUCUUU